CCCGCCUGCUUCUUCGGCGGUGUUGAAUAGGGAAUAGUGGACGGAGGGAAGGACCUUCGCCAGGUCUAUUGGAGAUCGCGGCUCCCCUUCAGGGAUGGGGCUCCUGUUCGCCAAGCUGUGGAGCCUGUUCUGUACGCAGGAACACAAAGUGAUAAUUGUGGGACUUGAUAAUGCUGGCAAGACUACAAUUCUGUACCAAUUCUUAAUGAAUGAGGUGGUUCACACAUCUCCUACCAUAGGCAGUAAUGUUGAAGAAAUUGUAGUGAAAAACACACAUUUCCUUAUGUGGGAUAUUGGUGGACAAGAAUCAUUAAGAUCAUCCUGGAAUACGUAUUAUUCAAAUACAGAGUUUAUAAUCCUUGUAGUGGACAGCAUUGAUCGUGAGCGGUUGUCUGUCACAAAAGAAGAACUCUACCGAAUGUUGGCCCAUGAGGAUUUACAAAAAGCUGCCGUACUCAUUUUUGCAAAUAAGCAAGAUAUGAAGGGUUGUAUGACUGCAGCUGAAAUUUCCAAGUAUCUAACCCUUAGUUCCAUAAAGGAUCACCCAUGGCAUAUUCAGUCCUGCUGUGCAUUAACAGGAGAAGGAUUGUGCCAAGGGCUGGAAUGGAUGACUUCCCGAACUGGAGUAAGAUAAUUCCUCUGGAUUGGAAAUGUGAAUUAUCCCAUGGACUACCCUUUUUUGCUUGUCUGCUUAGUGUAGCAACAGGUUUAAUUUAAAAAGGAAAAAAAAAAAAACGUUUGAGAUCUCCACAACAAGCAACACUUGAAUCAAGUGCAGCUAGUCAAAACUCAGAGUAUUUUUUAAACUUUUUAAAAAUGCACUAGUCUUGGAUGGAUAAAACUGUUCUCCUACAACAUAAGCUAAAGAACCAUGCCUUGUAUAACCAAAUUCGCAGUUGAAAAGGUUCUUUCUUGCAGCUUAAUAUCCUGUAGCAGUUUGCUUCCCUUUUUGUUUUAUGCUACAACAUUAAGCUUUAAGACUUCCAGGAUUAUGGAUUUUAAAGUCAGUGGAUUUCCAGAGGAUGGGAAUUCCAGUGUCAGUACACAAUAUUGGAAUUCUCCAACACUGAAAGGAUUAUUUAUUUGCUAUGAAUGCUGUUGCCUUUUACCAUUAUAUUUCUGCCUGAGAAAGUAUACACUUUUUUCUUAAAACAUAUGCUAUAAAUAUUUUAUAUAUUGAGGAUUUUGAUAAAAUGAUUAUAGAAAAAAAACUUCAUGUUAUGCAGGAGGGCUAAUUGUACUGCACUGUGUUUUAGCAAUGCAUAUUUAACAGAGAAAACUAUUCCAGUAUAAAUAGAGAUGUGUUUAUCAAAUGAUAGUACGUGUCAUCUCAAACUCUUUGGGAUUCUGUAUUAUGAGUCAAUGGGACCGUUUAAUUGGAUUCAAAUUAUUGAUUAAUGGAAUUAAAUUAUUUGAAUGGUGUGAAUAAUGUAUGAAAUAAUAAGUUUGAAAAAGUAACUGCUAAUUAUUCAUUGAAGAAAAUUAGAAAGUAUGCUUGAAAUUAAUUCUGUACUGUGCAAAUUGGCCCAUGACUUUUUCUUAUAGAAAGCUGGAUUAUUAAUGUGAUUUUCUUCCAGAAUUAGAAUUCAUAUUACAUAUCAGUUUCUUAUUUUGUAUAGACUAUGUGAAUGGCUUGUGUUUUCAUGGACAGUUAUUGUAAAUGUCCCACUAACAGUAUUAUGUAGUAUUUUUAAAUCUCAAAGGUGUCUGUUUCUUAUGAAGAGGAAUUUUUUGACAUGUAGUAAUGCUGGUGCUGUCAUGUGACAUCGAAGCUGAUUGUGGACCCUCCUUGAUCUCCUUGUUAUGGUCACAGAGGCAGUUUAUGGUUUAAAAAGUUGAAAUCUAUAAUAUAUCUAGAAAUGGCUAGGUUGGGGAAGGCCAGUGUACUUAAGUAUACAGUAUAAGCCCCAAUAAUGUCAGGAAGUGAUGCAAAUUAUGACAUUUCUGCCAGUUGCGUCAUGAUACUUGUGAUUAUGCUUCUCAUUAUUUUCAGACACUGAUUUUGAUGUAUCUAAUAACUUCAAAGGUAAACUUUUCAAUUCAGCAUAUUCUGUACAUGAAAGCCUGAAUAGAGAACUCAUUUUGACUUAAUGCAAAAAGAAUGCGUGUUAUAGUUUAAAGAAGACUGUAUCUUCAUGAGGAAACAAUCUUUUAGAACAGAGGUCUUCAACCUUUUGAGCACCAGGGACCAGUUCUGUGGAGAGAGGUUUUUCCGCAGACCGGAGAGUGCUUGUUUGUGCAACCAGUUGCUGGCAUGCCGCGGCUCAGUACCAGUCCACGGACCGGGGGUUGGGGACCCCUGUUUUAGAAGGCACAGUAUUUCUUGAAGCCUCAUUUUGUAUCAGAAGAAAUGAGAAGCAAAUGUUUGAGACAUAGAAGUCAAUUCUUGUGAUUUUAUAGAUAUAUCCAGGUAGUUUUCUUGGUUACUAGUGAAAUGGUGUGCCAUUGCCUUCCUUGUAAUCUGAACCAAUUUAGUUUUCUGAGAUCAGCCAAGUGAACAGUUAAUUCUACUAUUUCUUCUGGAGGGCAUUUUUCCAUUCCAUUAAAUUUUCUAAGAACAUUUUAAAAAAGGGUAUCAAAGUGAGUCAUUUAGCUUUAAAACUCACUUUUGAAAAAGGCUACUUAUUCAUUUCAAAUAUUAACUGAAAUUACAUUUACCAGCCACUGUGAUAGUUAGGAAGCAAAUAAGCAAGCAAGAAAACUAGGGUUAUUUAUUAUUAUUUAUUAUAAUUUAUUAUAGAUUUGUCCCAGUAGCAUAUAUGAGGUAAACUCAGCAUACAUAUACAUGGACAUGUGCAUACAGUAACAUGCACAUGCGUAUUCAUUUAAUAACCAAGUUAUCUUUCAUUAAAAUAAGAAUUGUUGCUUCUCCAUAAUUUUGCUUUGCUUAUUCCUGGCAUUUAUCCCAUUACACAUUUCUCUGGAAAAAACAUCUUUAAGUCUAAUUUCAAAGAAACUCUUAAUUGAAAUUUAGUUAUAUCUCUAUCCCCUUAAUUCUGUUCAUCCUUUUGAUGUUGUCAACUACAAAUUACUCUACUGUACCUUUUGAUAACCCAAACUCCAUAACUUGAAGGUACAGAUAGAGUUUGAAUAGGAACAAUAAUAAUCUACAAAGUAACAAUUGAUGGAUGAUUUGUUACUUGGGGCCAAUACUGUUUUUGAAUCGCUGGAUAGAUGUGUGUCUCAUCAUCUAUUAAUUGUUUACAAACUAGAGAUGUCUUAAGAGUUGGGAUGUUUUGGGAACAUCUGUUCCACUAUCUCACUGUGAUUCUCUUGUGUCCAAGAUGAGUCCAAGAGAGUUUUAACAAUUUCUGAUCCAUGGUUUUUCUAAUUCUUUGCCUUGCUUGUGUCCUAUGUGAAGAUAUAUGAUCAUUUGAAAGGAAGGUUUAAGUGAGAUAAUAUAUCAUAACAGAUCAUUUUCAUUCUUUCUUUGAGUCCAUUUAUGAUGCUCACAGUAACUGGAAAGAUAUCAUUUUUUUCAUAGAGGAAAACAGUAUGUUUUUAAAUCUCGGCUCUUUUAUGGUGUGAAAUUUGGAAAAACUGGCUCACUUUGGUAUUAUUAUUUCAUAUGGUCAUAAGGUUUUAUCACUUUUGUAUUAAAUGGUGACAUUGGGCUGUAAUUAUGUUGAAGUGAAUUAAAUUGCGUGGUUAUGUAAAACCCUUUGUGCUGCUGUAAAAACUGCUGGCAAUGCAAUAUUGUGGUGGGGCAUGAAUGAAAGAGAGGCUGAUUGGCCAAUAAAACACCAUUGUCAAGAAUGAAACUUUGGCAGCUACAUAGCCUCUUCAUUUCCGCUUGCCAUUAGAGUAAGGGAGGAGGUGUUGCUUUAGAAUGGGUUAAUGGAGAAAUGAACCCUCUAUGAUUCUGCUGAAGACUAUAGAGCCUGAAACCUUUCCAAGGACACUGCAGCAGGUGUGGAGAGGAACAUCUGCUUCUUCUCCACACCUGCUGCAGUGUCCUUGGAAAGGUUUCAGGCUCUCACGGACUUCAGCAGAAUCGUAAAAUCCAUCUAACCCAUUCUAAAGCAACACCCUCUCCAUUACUUUAAUGGCAAGUUGAAAUGAAGAGGGACGUAACUGUCAAAGUUUCAUUCUUGACAACCACUCUUACUGUGUUUGCACCCACCUUUUGCAUGCAAGUAUGGUUGAUUCUCUGAAUCGUGACCAUGGAUUUUAUUUCUUAAAUUUGGAUAUAUUACAUUUUGUAUUUCUGUAAUGAGCAAUUGGUUCAGUUCCAAAACUCACUGAACUUGUACUGAAUUAAACAAUGAAAAUACAUAUUUAGGUGCUACGGAUUACUUUGUUGGUCUUCCUUAUUAAAGCUGUCUUUCCUUUAACAAACGAGCAUCCAGAGAAUUUAUGUCAGCACUGAGGACUCAUAAAAUUGGUUAAUACCACCCUCUUCACCCCCCACAGUCAUGUGGCAAAAAUAAGUCUGCACAUCACCAACAUUAGUUUGGUAAUUUGCUAAAGGAGAUGUACUUAGUACUUUUGAAAUAUUAUCCCUUAUGUCCGUGAUGGCGAACCUGUGGCACGCAGAGCCCUUUCUGUGGGCAUGCAUGCCAUCGCCCUAGUCCUAGGCCUUCAGCUGGGUUUUAUAAAACCUUUUCGCUU